AUGUGUUCUGCAUUCUUCCUGGAUGCUCUCAAGAAUUACUAUGCAGCUGCAAAACAAAUCUCAUGCAAUCGAUUUGGUGGAGAGAUAUGCCCACAGGUGUGGUCGGAUCCUGUGGGACCCUUGCUACCACCACUCAUUGCUGCAGUUCGGGAUGGUCCCACCUCGAUUCCAGCCGCGUACGCACAGCACCAAGCUUCAAAUCGUUUUGACAUCACUGUCGAAAAUGGUGGUCUGUUCAAUCAAAUUGCCUCUCAUUCUGGUAUAGUCUUAGGUAGUAUAGUUAUAUAA